AUGGCAGGUGCGCCGGACGCUGCUUCGCAGAGCGAGGCAGCUCAGGAAAGCCAUGCCACACCACAUACUACUACACCUACAGCAAAUGCGCUUCAAAGGGCACUUUUGCAUGUAAAACAGAUGCUGAAUUUGUUGGAUGCCCACACCGCCCAGUCCCAAUUGCCAAUACCCCAGGCAGGCAUCCACGAAGGGAUAUUGUACGGGAUGUUAGAUCUGCUUAUACCCAUUACUUCGCUAAUGCAGAUGCAUGGUACAUCAUCGCAGAGCCUUGCGGCUGUGAUUGGAGCGCAGGCAAACGCACCGGGCGCUCAACCGCCGGACCUUGCGACAUAUCUUUCGCACGUCUCGAGUAUCCUGCAAAUGCUGGAGCAGAUAAAAGGGUUGCUCCGGGAGCCUAUAGACGAAUCUUCAAACGAUGCAUCGGCCUUGCAGGUUGCAGAGCAAGAGUACAGCGCCGCACCUCUCACGCCAGCACAACAGCGUGAUUUGCUUCUUACCUUGCGCCGCAAGCGACAGUGUACAAAACCCUUGCAUUCCGCACGCGCAUGCAAGGAGGAGAUACGCAGCGAAGAGUGCGAUUCUGGCAUAUGCAGUUCGCUGUACCCUAUUCCGUCAUCUCUGUCUUUUGCACCGCGCUCGCCGUGGCUCGCUGAAGUGCAAGCGUCCACAUCGGGCGAGACACCUGCACACCGUGUACGCAGCCUUGUGCAAGCAUUUAACAGCGCAAUGUACGUACAAUGUAAAGCAGAGGCUGCAGCGCUUUCCUCGCUGAAUCCCGACUUUGGUCAGAAUCCACCAAAACAUCGCAUUCGCGCGCGCUUUGUGUCUCGAGAAGGUACAGACGCGGCAGAGGUACAAAUUGAACUGCGUGACCUUGGAAUCGUCUCUCUUGGUCUUCUUAUCUUAAAUGAUAAUGCACGGGUGAUGCGCAUCACCAUGUGUGCGCCCGUCGAGCAACGCCAAGGACUACGAUGCGGGGUAUCCGACUCGAUACUGCCGUCCAAGUUUGCAUACUACAACCAGCUGAGCGACCAUCUAUUUGUCUAUGCUUUGCAUCAUCAUGCUAAACACCCAGACUACAUGGAAGCGCUCGGGCACACAUUCAACCACAUUGCCUCGCUGCGGACCUUGUUUGAUCCGCUCCCCAUUUUCCUAGCCGGUGUGCCGUCCGAGCCGGUGCGUGUUGCGCUUUACACGCUAGAUUUUGAAAUGACGCUGGACAAGUCACAGUGCAUUGUGUGGAAAUGGUGCCGCGUGCCUACCCCGCCCUCCGAUCUGGUCCCUAGCCAGCAAGGCGAAUGCAUUGAUUACCGUACCCUUGAGGAGAUGGACUUGGUGCUGCAUUAUGCGGACGAGUAUGCACUUGACUGGGUUUGGGCCAAAAUGCUUCCAGCUUCGCGUUUUUCAGAAGCAUGUUUUGCCGUUGGUUCGACAAUGAACAGGACCUUGCAUAGUUUGCCAGAUGUUGGUGCCAAGUGCGGCACUAGCGACCAUGCCGAUUCCUGGCUUCCGCGCGACAAUAUUGUCCGGCAGGCAAUUUCACUUUACGUCAUUACGUAUGUCGGCAUUUUGCUCAUGUAUUUUUCGAUGGCGUCCCUGUCGUAUUACUUUUUGUUCAAUAAGGACUUGACCCGGCAUCCCCGGUUCCUGAAAAACCAAAUUUGGCUCGAGAUCCAAUGUUCUCUGCACGCAUUUCCAUGGCUUGAUUUGCUAACAUUACCGUGGUUUCUUGCAGAAGUGCGGGGGUAUUCGCGUGUUUACAAUAAUGUGAGCGACUACGGUUGGUUGUACAUGGUGUUUAGUGUGCCAUUUUUUCUCGUCUUUACAGACUGCUGUAUUUACUGGAUUCAUCGCUUGGAACACCAUCCAAGUAUCUACAAGUAUGUGCACAAGCCGCAUCACAGAUGGAUUGUGCCGACACCAUUUGCGUCGCACGCGUUCCACCCCUUGGACGGGUAUGCACAGAGUUUGCCAUACCAUAUUUUUCCCGUCCUCUUCCCGCUUCACAAGCUUUUGUUUUUGGCCUUAUUCGGGUUCGUGAAUUUAUGGAGUAUUAUGAUUCACGACUCGGACAUGAUCUCAGGAACGGGCGCGGAAAUGGUUAUUAAUGGGCCGGCGCAUCAUACUUUACACCACCUGUAUUUUACUUGCAAUUAUGGGCAGUACUUUACCACAUUUGACCGCCUGGGUGGGAGUUUCCGGGAGCCAAUGCCCCUUGACGACCCGUUGCUUGCUGCACAGGAGCAAAUUGAGAAGGACAAGCAGAAGAAGGAAUGA